UUCUCCGAGUUGAUAUCUUUGAAUACACUUCCGAAAUGACCAACCUUGUGACCUUUCAACUCCUUUUCGGAUGGCCUACGGGUAUUUUUGCCAAAGAUUGCACGAAAUUAUAAGUUAAUGAUAAUCAAGAGUACAUCCCGAUAACGCGUGUCAUGAUAACGUGUGUCAAUUCUUCAUUAAAUUAUUACUGUAAACUUUGAACGGUGCUCCACAGUUACCGUUCACGAUAGUUGAGAAAGGAAGCGUUCACAUCGAUUGAGCAUCGAAUUAGUUGCGUAAAAUACAACGGCAUCGUGAUAUAUGCGACACGCGGAAAAAGGAAAACACGUAUACUAAGCUUCGAAUACGGUAACGCUUCAUACCACUCAGUGAGUGCGCGCUUGUCGUCGUGAUAAAGGCGCGUAGAAUCGAACGAGAGUUAUCUAUCGUCAGACGGAAAGAAAGGAGGAUAUGAAUUGUACGGGAACUCAACGAAUUGGCAUACGUGAGCCGAGCGAGGAACGCGCAGACACUGCGUUCGAAACUCAGAGCAACCAUGAGCUCGCAGACAUCGGUGGAGAAGUGGUGUAAUCAGCAACAGCACACGAAUAUGGAAUACACGACGACGACGUGCACCGAGAAGUUGCUUUACUUGCUCUUCGAGGAUAUUUCGUACAGCGUUCGGAAGAAUAUUCUAACAAGAGAUAUAAGAAAAUUGUUACGCAAUCUUAAUGGCGACUUUCGGCCGGGCGAACUUACAGCAAUUAUGGGUCUUUCGGGUGCUGGGAAAUCUACCUUAAUGGAUAUCUUAACAGGUUUCACAACAACUUCGGUCACUGGUAAAAUCAUGGUGAAUGGACAGGAAAGGAAUAUGUCUGAAUUUCGAAAAUUGUCAGCUUAUAUAAUGCAAGAUGACUAUUUGCAACCACUUUUAACGGUGCAAGAAGCAAUGCUUGUUGCCGCGGAUCUCAAACUAACAUUAAAACAUCAUCAGAAAUUAGAAAGGAUCGAUGAAAUAUUAACAGCAAUGAGCCUCGAUGAGUCUCGUUAUACACGUACCGGCGAGCUUAGCGGAGGUCAAAAGAAAAGACUUGCUAUUGCUCUUGAACUAAUCAAUAACCCGCCCAUCAUGUUCUUCGAUGAACCAACAAGUGGUUUAGACAGUGUUACCUCAAAACAAUGCAUAUCACUUUUGAAGCAGUUAGCAAAAGAAGGACGAACUAUAAUCUGCACGAUUCAUCAACCAAGCGCGACACUCUUAAAUAUGAUAGACCACCUCUAUGUAGUUGCUAAUGGAAACUGUGUUUACACGGGCAGCACUCAAAAUUUGGUAGCAUAUUUAUGUAGCGUAGGCUUAUACUGUCCGGAAUAUUACAAUCCAGCUGAUUAUUUGAUGGAGAUAUGUAAUGGAGAUUACGGUACCCAUGUACCGUCUAAACUGGUAGAAUCAAUCCAGAAUGGUAAAAGUAAUAUGUGGAGAUCGGAUAAAACUUUCUACUUGAAUAAAAAGAUUAUUACCUCGCAACAGCUUAUUCCUAUGAGAUUAUAUUCUUUCGAAACGGAAUUUAAACACACUCCACAUUACUCUGCUAGUUCUUGGAAACAACUUCGCGUUCUUGUUAGAAGAAAUGCAAUUAGGCUGUUUCGCGAUAAGAUCUUGACAAUUUCAAGGAUCUCAAUGCAUUUGACUAUUGCUCUACUUGCUGGUACAAUAUAUUUCAAAAUUGGUCAAGACGCCGCUUAUGCUUUAGACAAUUUUAAUUUAUUAUUCUUCAGCCUGAUGUUUCUCAUGUAUAGCGCAUUUAGCGCUACAAUGGUCACGUUUCCUUCAGAGUUGCCGAUACUUAUGCGUGAGCACUUUAACCGUUGGUACAAACUACGAUGGUAUUAUCUAGCGAACAAGUUGACCGAUUUUCCGGUCCAACUUACUGCCACGUUUCUUUAUGCUCUUGUAGUGUAUUAUAUGAGCGAUCAGCUUCCUGAAGGCAGAAGAUUCGGGCUGUUCGUGCUUAUGUGUUUUGCUACUAGUUUGGUUGCUCAAGCGGCUGGACUUAUUUUAGGAUCUGGACUAAAAGUUCAAAAUAGCGUGAUUUUUGGACCAUUUGCGAUUUUGCCAUUUGUGAUAUUUAGUGGAUUCUUUGUGCAUUUAAAAGAUGCACAUCCUUACUUACAAUGGUUAUUUCACACAUCGUUUCUCAAAUACGGAUUUGAAGGAGUUAUGAUUGCAAUUUAUGGCUACAACAGGACAAAAUUGAAGUGCUCUGCAGAUUAUUGUCAUUUUGCUAUUCCCGAAAAGCUUCUUACGGAAGUAGAUAUGAAGCAUGUAGACUAUUGGUUCAAUAUGACUGUGUUGAUAGUGCUCUAUAUUGUCUUGGAUAUUGUUGCCUAUAUUAUAUUAAAAAUAAGAGUUAAGAAACGCUUAACAUAAUGACACAUAAUAUUUCAUGAUAAAAUUGUACAUCAAUUUUACAAUUUUGUACAAAAAAAUGUCUCAUAAGAUCUCAAGGGGUCCAUUUUCUAAGACUGAUUUAUUUUUGAUAACAUACGUAGUAAAAUGUAGUAAAAAGAAGAAUUUGCACACUUUAUUCUUUUUAUAAUAAGUUUUAAAAGAUAGAAAUAUUUAGAAAAAAUAUUUUAAAUCGUAUGUUUUUCUUUAUAUGAAAACAAAAUAAGAAUGUUAUAUA